CCCCAGCUUGUGCGGCUCCUGGGCCGUACCUAUCGCCCGUACCCAGUCUUCCAGAGCUCUGUGGUAGGAACAGCUGCCCGACCAAAUGCGAGAACCUUCACGACCGCGCGCAUGUGUAUGGCGAAGCCUGGACCCAAGGACGAAACCGGUACACCUGAGAAGAAGCCUCGGAAAUCAAAGAAAACCCCCGCUGUGCCAGAGAAUGGGGCUGAAGAACCCACGCCGAAGAAAAAACAGGCAGCUAAGAAAACCUCCAAAGCUGUAGGAAUUGGGGCCGAGGCAGAGGCCACGCCGAGGAAAAAAAGGGCAGCCAAGAAAACCCCCGAGCCAGUGCCGGAAACCGGUACUGAAGUAGAACCCACGCCGAAGAAACGACGGGCAACCAAGAAAAGCACUAAAGCCGUGCCAGAGACUGGGACUGAAUCCGAAGCAUCCCCAAAACGUCAGCCUCGAUCGUCAAAGAAACAAAGCCCACGAGAGCUAGAUGGGUUCAUUGCGACAACACCGGUGGCUGAGCGCCUGGCCGAGGCUGAAAUAUGGUCAAACAAGACACGCAAAAAGAAACCGUCGUCCAAGAUAGACACCGAUAAUUUGAUGGUGGCUGACAAAACGAGGGUUAACAUUGUCAGCGACAAGCUUUGCGACGAUAUCAUCAAGUACCUCGGACCAUCUCUCGACCGACACAAAGGCUGCGAUCUUCUCGAUAUGAACCCGGGAGUUGGAGUCUGGAGCCGAGCCCUCCACGAUGCCGUUCAACCACGACAACAUAUAAUGAUGGAGCCCCGGGCCGAGGAGUACAGUCCCUUUCUUAAAGAGGCCAUGGGUGAUCGACAGAAUGUCAAAAUUAUCCCCAAACAGGGCAUCAUAUGGAAAGAGCUACAUGAGACUCUUCAAACCCACCUCGCUCCCCAUCACACCCCGACUCCUCGCGGCCAGAAACCAGAGCGCAAUGAUUCCAUCCUCGUCACGAUGAAUGUCUCCGCUUGGCCCGAAAAGCCCGUCUACUCCUUCCCGAAUCUCUCCGUCAUGGUCGCGUACCAGCUCAUCCGAUACAUACGCACGUCCUCCUUCUUCCAGCAGUACGGCCUCGUCCGCGUUCUCCUCUGGACAAACAACGACUUCAAGUACCGUAUCCUACCCCGCAGCGUGGGCGAGCGCGUGCGGUCCAACUUCGAGGCCGAACUCGCCUGCGAGUACAUCCACGAGGUUGCAGGCAUCGACGCGUACGACUUCAACUACUUCCGCAGAAACAGUCGCGACGAGUGGCUGAGCUAUGAGUCGGCUGCUAGAUGCUACCGCAACAUGAAGGAUCUCGGCAUCGACACGAUCCCCGGCCGCGAGACCCGCAUGUUCAAGGCCCUUGAAGCGGACCCUGCCCAGUUGCUAAAGCCCCAAAAGCUUGCCGGCCGCAACCCCAUCCGCGUCCUCCGCCCGUUCCAGGACGAGCUGGAGAAACUGGAGCAGGAAGCAUCCGAACUGUCCGACUCGACCCGCAACAUUCGCCUCAACACUCUGCGAACUCGCGUCGCCGCCGAGGGCCAGGAGAACAUCCUCGUCCUGGAACUCCUCCAGACGCUCGAGAAGCUCAGCGCCAUGGGCCCGUCGCACCCCGACUUCGCCGCGCUCGAGACCGAGUUCAACAGCCGCAUCGACGGCAUGAAGAGGAACCUCCGCGAGAUCUUCUGCGCCGUCCGCGACAACUACUUCAGCUUCCGCCGCAACAAGGGGCCCACCCUCCUCUGGGACCGCCGCGCCUACGAGCCCCUCACCGCCGACCCGACCGAGUUCUGGCCCAACGCCCCCGUCUGCCUCCUCGACAUCCAGCCCAGGGCCGUCGACCCCCUCUUCCACGAGGUCGGCCCCAGCUCCACCCGCAGCGGCGACGUCUCCGACAUCCUCCUCCGCACCGCCUUCGCCCACCGCGCCCUCAGCCUCCCCCGCGUCAUGGCCUCCAUGUGGCCCGGCUUCGCCGACCUCGUCGACCAGUGCCCCAGCUUCGUCGACCCCCGCCUCGGCGGCUCCCACGUCUCCGGCCACGGCGAGCUCUCCGUCCGCGCCAUGUCCGAGGAGAACUGGGCCGAGGUCGUCCGCGCCUGGAUGAACUGGCCAUUCCGCCCCCCCUACCUGACUCUGCUUGGCCGCACGCCCGACCUCUCCGGCUCCGAGUCCCACGACACUGAGGGGAUGAGCGGCGCCGCCAUGGGUGCUCGCAACCUGUAG